GUCUCUCUGUCUUCUCUGUGUUAAAAUGGGUUCAAGAGAUAACGCCAUUUCUUAUGGCUCUGCAUUAGUUUUAUCGCUUCUUCUUCUUCUCCUCCACGAAGCAGAGGGAUGUGAUAUGUUCACAGGGCGGUGGGUGAAGGACGAUUCUUACCCACUCUACGAUCCCUCCACGUGUCCAUUCAUAAGACGUGAGUUCGGUUGCAAGAAAAAUGGACGGCCAGAUCUCGAUUACACUACCUUCAGAUGGCAGCCUCUGUCCUGCAAAUUAGCAAGGUUCAAUGGAGUGGACUUUUUGAAGAAAAACAAAGGGAAGAAGAUAAUGUUUGUUGGUGAUUCUCUUAGCCUAAAUCAAUGGCAAUCUUUGACAUGUAUGCUUCACUCUUCUGCUCCCAAUUCUUCAUAUACUUUAACCACACAAGGUAGUAUCUCAACCUUCACAUUCCAGGAGUAUGGACUGGAGUUGAAGCUUGAUAGGAAUGUUUAUUUAGUAGAUAUAGUGAGGGAGAAGAUUGGGAGAGUUUUGAAGCUUGAUUCGAUCAAUGAUGGAAAAAAUUGGUCAGAAAUGGAUACUUUGAUUUUCAAUACAUGGCAUUGGUGGAGCCGGAGAGGUCCUGCACAACCAUGGGAUUAUAUUCAAAUAGGGACUAACGUUACAAAAGACAUGGACCGUGUUGCUGCAUUUGAGAUCGCACUUGGGACUUGGGGGAAAUGGGUCGAUACUGUCGUGGAUACAAAGAAAACUAGAGUCUUUUUUCAAGGAAUUUCACCGUCUCAUUACAAAGGAGUUCUGUGGGGAGAACCAGCGGCAAAGAAUUGCGUGGGACAGAAGGAACCACUUUUGGGGCCAAAUUAUCCAGGAGGAUUGCCAGCAGAAGUGGGAGUUUUGAAGAGAGCACUCGGGAAAAUAUCGAAACCGGUGACAUUGUUAGACAUUACGAUGCUUUCCUUGCUUCGCAAAGAUGGUCAUCCUUCGGUUUACGGUCUAGGUGGCCAAAAGUCCUGUGACUGCAGCCACUGGUGUCUCUCUGGCGUACCGGAUACUUGGAAUGAGAUUCUUUACAAUUAUAUGAUUGAGUAAAACAAAAAUUAAAACAUAGAAACACCAAAUUAUAGCAUUUGUUAUUGUGGUUGAUUCAAUUGAAUCUGAAUAAAAGGGUUCGUUUCUGAUUUUUGUAAUCAUAUAAAUUAUAAUACAGGUU